CGCAGAAUUCAAGGGAACGGCUCGGGAAGAGAGAAGAUGCUGAAAGAGUUGCUGGCGCGAUGUGACGAGGGCACGGUCACCGUGUGACAAUGCUUGGGGUCAUGAUGGCGUCACAGAGCGAGUCACAGGGUGGUGCUGAGGACGCCGCCGUCACAGAUCUUGCCGACAGGACCCGUACGUAUGCAAUGUGAAAGUACAACAAACCGCCAAGACUGACUUGCCGUCCUCUCUUCCCUCUCAGGUUCUUCUCUUUCGUUCGGCCCGGGGCAGGGCGAGGAGUCUGGUGAUGCGUCGGAGGUCACCGAUGAGUCGCUCGUCGAGCAGGAGUUCGACCAGCAGAUGCAGGAAAGGAACGACUGCUACAAGACGCUCGCAACGCUGAAGCGGGACUGCUGGGAGUCGGAGCAACUCAAGAGGGUGUUCGGUAGGCAGCCGGCUAUGCACGGGGACCACUCAUCGAUGGUGGCUGGGCUUUCCUAUCUGUGUCUGGACAGAUCUGCGGUACCGCAAUAGAGGGCUGCGUGGGAGUGGCGAUGGGCGACCGAGGGAGAGAGGGGAGGGAGGGACGAGCACUUCUGUCAGGUGGGUAAGCGGAUACACACACACUCACGCGUUGGCGACUCACAACCCAUUCGUUCGUCUGUGCGCUGCGGUCCUUCAGCGCCUAUCACCAGGUCAUAGCGAUAGUGAGUGCCUAUCACCAGAACUUGCUUCGAGUUGGUCAGAUCCAUUCACCUAUACACCAGAACUUCUACGACCAUCUGCCCAUGCUGGCUCGACGCGGCAGCUUCCAGAUUGCUGGCGCUAAGGUGCUGGACAUGGGAUGCGCACCAGGUUAGUUAGAGAUGACAUAUGGUAGGUACGAGGGAGGGCUGGACAGCUGCAUCAGGUGCCUUCCUUUGCACUUGGUGCAGGUGGGACGAGCAAGUUCUGGAUCGAGGAGUGCAACGUUGCUGGUGUGGUGGUAGGUGCUCGUGGUGGGUCAGUCACCUCUAUCGGACCGACAGCGGUUGUCCUCACCUGUCUGUCUGUGUGUCUGUUGGUGUGUUGGUGUGUGUGUGUGUGUGGAUGCAGGGCGUGGCCAUGCCCACCAGUCGACAGGGCUUCCCCAUGCAGUACAAGGCAAGUCCCAGGGGGGACACACGUCGAGUUAGUCAUCAUGCUGUGUGUGUGUUUAAACCGUCGGUCGCUUCAGCACGAGCGUCUGCAUGUGGUGCUCCGUGACAUCACUGCUGGAAGCCUCGACGAUCUCAUCGCCGACGUGCAGGUCAAUUCCAGCAAAAACCAACGUCACACUGGCGCUCUCACCUGGCCCCCCUCUCCAUUAAUGCAUUCUGUGCAGAGGGCCUUCCGGCGUCAGUUCGGCCAGCAUGCGCCGUUUGAGUUCGACAUCAUCCACUGCGGGGCUGUUGGUAAGUCAAGUGGCUACUUGACUUGACGAGCCGCCCAUGUGAAAAUACACAUCACGUACCAUCGCGGCAGUGUGGCUGUACGUGUGUGGCGGGUGCAGUUCAGUCGUUCAUGACGGACAGCAGCCAGGACGCGGCCUCCAAAUAUCGGCAGCGGCAGACGCUCAUGAAGCGCCAGCUGUGCCUCGCCGUCUACUGCCUCAAGCAGGGCGGACACCUGGUGUGGCUCACCCGACCUCUCUACAAUGUAACUAACCAUGUGUGUGUGUGAGCAUUGGCUGUCUGUGCGGAUCCUUGUUUCCCAUUAUGUCCUUUCCUUGGUUCAGUCCAUGAUGAUUCUGUCUCACCUGCUGCCGCUCUUCUCCCACUUCAAGCUGUUCCGCACCAACUUCCGCAUCAAGAGUCAGGUGGGUACGCACACACCCUUACUCCACUCGCUGCAACAGAGAUACACAGGUAAACCCUUUGUGUGUAGCAGGUUCAGAUCGUGUGCCUGAACCACCGCCCCACCAUCCGCAAGUCCCCCUCGGAUCUUCCGUCUGCUGCAUCGUCCUCGUCGUCCUCGUCGUCUGCUGCCAGCCCCAUCGUCGCAUGCCCGUGGCUGUCCGGCGCCAGCAGCAGACGAUCCGUGUACCAGUGGAUGAAAAGCAUGCCCGAGGAGCUCGACCAGUGGAAAUCGUUCUUCUGCAGAGACGACAGGCACUCAAUGGUACACGUAUGACACGCCACGGCGGGCCUUGUGCACACACAGGGGCUGUGUUGUGUGUUAGUGUGCAGGCUGUGGCAGUGCAGGUGUUCGAUGUGUUGAGGGCGCAGCUGGACGCCUUGUUCGUCGACCAGAUAGACUUCCUCAACUUCAUGCAGUCGGAGGCACAACAGGUCACACAGCCAGGACACACGCAGUGAACACGUGUCCAUUUGUGUGCGUGUUCAUGUCGUGUCGUGUCGUGUGUGUCAGGCGUGUGAGAGCGGCGAUGAGGCGCGGCUGUGUGAGUUGGCGGAUAUGCUGAUCGGCGGAGGCGGCCGCAACAUCGACAUGUCGCCCAAGAGUGUUUCAGCGCCUACCUGGCGGGAGGGCUGAUGUGAUGGCUGAUGUACAGGGGG